ACGCGCUUCUCUUCCCCCCCCCCACGCCUGCCUGCCUGCCUGCCUACCUGCCCGCCCCGGCUGGAACCGCGCUGCCUCUCGGAGCCCAUCGCCCGCCCACUCUGGCCAGCUCUUCUCUCGCUCCACAACGCCCGGCAGAGGCACCCGGUUGCCAGCUUCCUCCCGCCGCCGCCGCCGCCGCCUGCUUUACUCGGCCUCUCCUCGCCUUCCCCUCCCAACCCUCCGAAACCCCGCGCCCCGCCACCAUGUCUGAGAUCCUGCCCUACAACGACGAGAAAGUGGCCCGCUAUGGCACCGACUCGGAGGUGGGCGACAUCUCCUUCAGCUGCCGCCUCCAGGACACCAACUCCUGGGGCAACCAAUCCAAGCGGCCCCCCAAGUUAGGACAGAUCGGACGAGCCAAGCGAGUGGUCAUCGAAGACGAUCGAAUAGACGAGGUGCUGAAGGGCAUGGCCGGGAAGUCGCCGUCCGGGGUAUAAAGCGGGCACCGCAGCGCCUCUGCACCAGCUGCAGCGGAUUUCCCCCCGAAUUUUUAAAAAAAAAGCACUUUUGGCUGUGCAUGUUUGUUGGGAUUGUGGACAAACCAGAAAAGCACGGAAGAAGAUGAGGCUGCUGGCAACACCCUCCACCUCUCAACGCGACCCCAGCCCGAAGAAGGAACUGAUGGCGGGGGGGGGACACACCGUCAUCUCUCUCUAUCUCUCUCUCCCCCCUCCUCCGCCUUCCACGGAGCGCCGCGGGACGCCGAGACCUUGCCAUCCCAACGUUGUCCCCGUUGAGCCACACACAUACGGGACGAUGAUGAUGCCCAAUCCCGGAGUUUAAAACGACCCUCCUAAGGAAGAAGCCUCCUGUUCCUGGGGUGGGGUGGGGAAGGACAGGCGGGCGGGCGCUGAAUGGCGCUCUUGCGCCUUUGGAAAGGAGCUGUCCAUUUCAGCACCGUUGGCGCCCCGCGCCGCUCGCGCCAACCCCGUUUCCUUAACGCGCCUGCAGAUGUGAGGGGGGGCGCCGUUCGUUUCAAAGCCCCCCCCCCCCCAGCCCCGCUUGAAUGCACUGCCUGCGGAACCGUCCACCGCAGCGAUUUUGGGCUUAUAUUUUUUUUUGUCUUGUCCUUAGCAUCGUUUCCCUUUCUUCCUCCCCUCUCCCCUCACUGACACACACACACACAGAGACAGACAGACAGACACACUCUUCCGCUUCACAACAACAGCAGUUGGUGUCCCCUCCUGGUCUUGGGUGAACCCCCAUGCCACGAUAUGACGGU